UGUCACAGCUGUCGCCUCAUACCAGGUUGACAUGUUGCGCAGUAAACAAAAAUAAGUGCACUUCCGAAAUUCACGUUCGUUCUGAUUGUCUCCUCUCCACUACUGAUACCAAGAAGAAAAACUGACAAUGGCAACUUUGCCGCCUCGGAAAAACAUGACACCAACUAGAGCUUCGAAGCAGAAUUCAACGCCGCUGCAGACCCUCCUGCAAAUGGGUUUUCCCAAGCAUCGGGCUGAGAAAGCCUUGGCGUCGACCGGCAACGCUGGAGUUCAUUUGGCGUCAGACUGGCUCCUCGGACACGUUAAUGAUCCGUUCUUGGACGAAUACCAACCGCGGGAGUACAUACUGUAUGCAUGCCCUACGGGACCGUUUCUUCGUCAGCUGGAGGAUUUCUGGGGCAAGUCCAAGGAAAUCUGUGGAUGGAAUGGUGCCCAUAAUUACAUGCCGCACAUAACACUUGUGUCGUUUUUCAAGGCUCCUGAUGAAUGCUCGCUGCAACUCUCGAAAGCGCUGAAGCAAAUAGUAGACUCCGCGGGAGCAGUUCUCGAUCGGCCGCUUAAGCUGGAACUCUACACCAGUCCCAAUUUCAUGGGGUUCUUCGUCGCCGAGGACGACGCGAACUUCCUCAAGCGAUUAGCACUGCAGUACGUCAAGGAAGUCUCGAAUUCAAUCAUUAGCGAUACUUACGAACAACUCGAUGCGAUUGUUGCUUGCUUUCCAUGGUGUGGCGCAGUUUCAUCGGGGAAUCGAUGCAUACCGCGUAGCAGUCGAUCGAUAUCACUGGAGCCGCAUGUAAAAUCCCUUCACCUAACGCUCGCCUACCAAUUCCCUUCGAACCAGUUCAAUUCGUUGAAAGCUCUUGUCGAAACUUUGAAUCCGUCCUGUGCAUCAAGCUGGGAACUACGACUUUACUCACGCGAUGCGAGGCUGGCGACAAAACAGGUUCACAAGGUCAUAUUCCCUCAUACGCCCCGUGAAACGGAUGAAUUGGAGUUACGUGAUGGUGACUACAUUUAUAUAAGCAAUGAUGCGCUGGAAAAUUCGACAGAUGGAUGGGUCGAUGGAAUAUCUUGGUUGACAGGCAUGGAUGGUCAUCUACCCGGAAACUAUACAGAACGUACAGCCGAAUCGGAUGCUUGGACAUUGCAUCGUCUUAUUGAGUUAUGCAAUUGUGCGACACCUUCAAUAACAUUUACCGAUGAGAUUGAAGUAAUUGAGGCAGCAGAUCGAACUUCUAAUGGUGUUGGAGACAAUGUGGUAAAACGCAACGAUUAUGAUGACAGAGGACCACAGGCGCAAUUUUAUCCAACAGAAAUGAAUUCAAUCGAUGAAACACCAGAAAUGGCAAACAAUGCAAAUCAGAAAAAUCAUGUAUUCAACUGUGAUAUUUCAACAACAUCGACGACCAAUAACGAUGCAGAAACGACAAUAAACAGUAGCGUUAGUCCAAUGAUAUCGGAUAGCGGUGGUUGCCGGGAUGAACUUCAAGAGUCAUCAUCAAAUCGAAAAAUCUACAUAAUGCGACAUGGCGAACGGAUUGAUUUCACAUUCGGCACAUGGAUACCGUAUUGUUUCGAUGAGUUCGGCAACUAUUUAAGAAAAGAUUUAAAUAUGCCAAAAAGCUUACCGAAAAGGAUUAAUUGCCCAGAGGGCUGGCAGUGUGAUUCGCCUCUAACGAAUGUUGGGGUGUAUCAAGCCAAGCUAGUGGGAGAAGGGAUGCGCGAGUCAGGAGUGACGAUAGACUCUGUUUAUUGUUCACCAUCAUUUCGCUGUAUUCAAACUUGUUCUAGUGCAUUAGAAGGUCUACAACUCAAAGAUCGUCUCCCCAUCAACAUUGAGCCUGCAUUAUUUGAAUGGAUGACUUGGUAUCAGGACGGAACCCCUGACUGGGUUACAAAAGAAGAACUAGCUGAAGCAAAUUAUAACAUCAACCACAACUAUAACCCAAUCAUGGAUAAAGACAGUUUGGACUUGUGCAUAAAAGAGACUUGUGAAGAGUUCUACAUUAGGAAUUAUGAAGCCUUUGAGAAAAUACUCCGGAGUACAACGGGGAACAUAUUCAUAGUAGCUCAUGCUGCUACUUUAGAUACUUGCACGCGGCAGCUAAUGGGGCGCGAGCCACGAUGCGUGAAUGAACUGCGACAAGCAAUUCAUAAAAUCCCAUAUUGUAGUCUUAUAGGUGUAGAAAAGUGUAAUGACGAGUGGAAAUUCAUAGAUACAAUUAGCUUACCCAUCACGCAUUCCAAAAAUCCAAGAUUCGAAUGGAUGAACGUUCAAGCCUGAGUGAGUGUUUACUAGAUAAAUCGACCUGGAUUCAAUUGCAGAGAACAAAAGAUUAAAAUGACAUCAUUAGCAACAAUAACAAAACGGAACACAAUAUUCUAAAGGCGAAAACAGCAACAGUGCAGCAAAUUCAUAAACAAUAGUGCAAUUUUUAUACAAGUAUAUUUUUUGUUUAAUUUUAUUUUUUAUCUGUUUUUUUGGCCAUUUUGAGCUAUUUCCAUAUGUAUUUGUUUCUAUUGAAAGCUUAGCUUAUAAUUUAUGAGACAAAUGUUUGAUAUUACUCAACCCGUUCCGCAAUAGGGGGACAACGUGCUAGAAUUCAAUAUUAAUAGCAUUUUACUCAUGGUGACCGUAGCACAAUCCUUUUUUAAAUUAUUUAGAUUUAAGUGUUGUUUACGAUAUCUAUACAUAUAAUGGAACCUUAUCUACAAUGCCUUAUUGAGGCGACAUUUUCAACAUAUUAACGAUAUCAACCGUACCAGCUACAAGGAUAAUAAAAUUAAUGCCAAAUAGAGAAAUGAAAGAAUAGUUUUAUUAUUGAAAGUUAUGCGUAAUUAUUGUAAUAAAAAUCAAAUUGCUUGAAAUAUUAAAGUUCUUUCUAUUAGACGA